AUGAAUGCAGCAAAGGCACAGUUUAAGCGUCGCAGCACAGCUAAUCAGGUGGAGAUCCGUAUUCCCGUGCCUAGCGAUGUGGACUCCCCGCGCUUUAAAACCACCGUUGGUACUUGCAAGUACAUUCCAGAGGAGAAUUUGGUCAUGUGGAGUAUCAAGAGUUUUCCCGGCGGGAAGGAGUACAUUAUGCGCGCCAGCUUUGGCCUCCCCUCAGUGGAGGGCGACACUACUGCCGAGUCUCGGCCCCCCAUCUCGGUACGCUUCGAGAUUCCCUACUUCACUGUCUCUGGUCUACAGGUACGUCUAUUCAACCCUGUUUACUCGCCCAUUGUUGUUCUGCAGGUUUUUACCAAAUCCCAUUCAUAA